UUUUUCUACGCUGCUAAAAUAUACAUUUUUCAAGCAACUCAAUAUGAGAUCAUUGUUGCUGCUCGCCCUCUGCCUGGGUGUGGUCUGUGCAGAUUUCCAGGACAGACUCAAACGGGACGAUUUCCACAGUCGCCAUUACAAUGCGCAUCAGCAGGCAAUUGAAACGGCUCGCAGAAAGGCCUACGGCUCCAGUGGCUACAGUUCUGGCGGAUCGGGCGGACUUGGAGUUGGUGGCAGUGCGGAUCUCUCGCUUGGCGGCGGUGCUUCAUUGGGCAACUUGGAGAGCUCCUACGAUUCGGUGGGUGCCGUUGAGGGUGCCGACAGCAGCUCGAGCAGCGGUUCCGGCUAUGGUUCCAAUAGUGGCUCUUCUUUCGGUGCCAAUAAUGCAGCUGGCUUCGGUGCCAGUAAUUCAGCUGGCUUCGGUGCCAGUAAUUCUGCUGGUUUCGGUGCCAGUAAUUCAGCUGGUUUCGGUGCCAAUAGUGGCUCUUCUUACGGUGCCAGCAGUGGCUCUUCUUUCGGAGCGAACAGUGCCUUCUCCUCGAACUCGGCAUUCCAGACCAGCGCCAACUACAACAGUGCACAAAGUGCUGGCAGCAAUGUGCAGUUUGCUGAUGCAAGCAAUGCUGGCACUGAGGUCAACUUUGGUGGUGCAGGAUCAAGCACUUCCGAGUCGCUGCACGCUAGCAAUCUGCAGGCACCUUUGGCUUUAACCGCACCAGUUAGCACCGGUGGCAAUGUGGAGUACAUGCAUCACGAGCGCGUUGUGUCCAGUGCGCCACAGCAGGUGGUUUAUACAGUGCCCGGUGGCGCCCAGAGAUACGUGCAGCAUGUGGAGCGCGUUGUCGAGCAGCAGCCCACGGUUCAGUAUGUGCCAGUUCCUCAGCCCGCGUCCACUUCGGAGCAUUAUUAUCAGCGCAAGGUGACAACUACUGCCUCGGCACCACAGAUUAUUCAGCAGCCCGCUUCUAGGUACACCUCAAACACUGGCUCCGCUUUUGGCACCAACUCCGCCUUCAAGGUCAACCAGAAUGUCGGCUUCGGCAGCAACUUUGGACACCAAGCCCAGCUAUCCGCUGGUCAAACGAGCGGCGUUCACUUUGGCGCCGGUAGCUCCCAGUUGAAUCAGCUGAUCAACCAGGCUCAUCAGACAGCAAGGCAGCAGGCAGCCUCUGGCAACUCAUAUAGCGGCGGUGCUGGUCUGGCCUCCUCCAAUCAGAUGCAGAUGGGCGGCUCCAGUGGCUUCAACUCCAACUAUGGUUACAAUGCGGGCAGCUCCAUGAACUCCGCCAGCUCCCUUAACUCUGCCAGUUCCCUGAACGCUGCCAGUUCAAUGAAUGCAGGCAACAGUGCCUCCCUCACGAGUGGUUCGCUGUUGGGCGGUUCCCUGUUGGGUAGCUCCCAGUUGGGCGGUUCUCUGUUGGGUGGCCAGUACCGUGGCUCCCUGCUGGGCGGCUCCUCGAGCAACAGCCAGAUGAAUGCACAGAAUAACUUUGGUCUAUCGACGGGUUUCUCAAGUGGACAGCAAUUGGCGGGCUCUGGCAACUUUGGUGCUGGCGCAGGCCUUGGUGGCAAUAGUGGCUACCAGACCAAGCAAUGGGAGAAGCAAUCCAAGUGGUCUUCCCAGUCUGAGUACGAUUCGGAUGGACAUGUGAAGAACUACAAGGAUCUGGCCACUGGCGAGAGCGAGAGCCAGAAUGUGAAUGGCAAGCAGGUUGGCUACAAUGCAGCCACCGCCUCUGUCGAUGACAAUGGCAAGGUCAGCACUUACAGUGUCCACUCUUAAGAUACCCCUCACCAAAAGCUGUAACUGUAGUAGUAACGAAUUUCACACCUACCUCGUAGUAGGUUAACAAGAUGUCAACAAUAAAAUAAAAUAAAUUUCAAAAAUAA